AUGCCAUUUAAAUUCAUUCUGCUUAUUCUUACACUAUUUUUCAGUUUCAUAGCUGCCAGACCGAAAACUGGACCGCCUGGUUCGAAUCCAUACAAGUACGAUGAGGAUAUCUUAAUACCUACCGUACAUCGAGUGAUCGGGUUUGGCAAGAAGCCGAUUGAGAUCGAUCCUUGCAAGCCGUCGCGACGUCGCCCCUCGCUCUUCAUCCCGGCGGCAGCAAUUCGGCUGGAAGACAAUAGAGGACUGAAGGAGCUGGUUGCGUUGUCUGAUGACUGCAAUAAAUGCUCAUCUGGCACCCAAUUCGUUUAUUCUCCAAAGGCCGGUGUCCAUACGGGUUUUCAACAGACAAUUGGUCUAUUCUCGUGUCCGAAGAGGAUGUGUAUCGAGACGGAUAGUGGAAGACAGAUUGAGUUGACUCCAACCAAAGGCAAUAAGGAUGUGCGUAUCAUUCCAAUUGGUCAAUGCCACGGCAGUCGUUGCUCUAUUUUAUUGGCUCUUGAUGGACCGACCGUAUCUUCUGACGCCAAAUCUCAUCAAUUCAUGCUGCCGAAGGGAGAGAAAAUGCUACCCGAUAACAUGGCGUCCCUUCCGAUCCGUGGCUUCGCUUGUGGACGGUGUGAAGAUGAGAUACCGUACUGUAUUCCUCCAGUUGAUGAGCUGGAG